UCUAUAACCUUCGACAAUUGGUUUGCUCAGGUACUCCAAGAAUAACCACCUCCCAAAGAUAUGCCAUUUUAAAACUCGUCUUCUUCCUCUCUCGCUUCCCCCUCAUCCUUUUUUCUCUGUUCUUCCCUCCCUACAGAAGACAGCUAAUGUAGUGGAGUCUGUUUCCUUUUGUUUUGGUUGAAAGCUCUACUCUUCUGGGUUUAGAGGGUCCUGGUCUUUGUCUCUUAGACCAUUUGGAUUCCGCAGAUUGUUAUUUCGGAAACCCAGGAAGCCUAAACCAUGGCGGUGGAAGAGUCAGUGAGCGAAACGAAAGGAAACGAAGAGAUAGGAAACGCAGAGAUAGAAAACGCAGAUGCAGAGAUGGAAUCCCAAGGUGAUGACCUGAAGAAGGGAGAGUCAUGCGAGGGGGAGCCUUCACCUAGGGGUGUACUGGAAGCCCCCGGGACGGACUCGGACUGUAGCAGCAGCUGUGCAUCGUCUUCUUGUUCUGAUAGACCACCGCUUGGUCAUCAGCGCACGCUAAUGCGUGACAUCAGCAAUGGAUUGCAAUGGACCAAGGGGAAGGAGAUGUUUGAUGCCUUGAAGAAGAAGUCAGCCAGGAGAUUCUCCACAAUUCCAUUGCUGGGUACUAGCUAUGAAUUGUCCAGGAGGAACUUGAGGAGGAGAUUGGCCAGGAUUUGGAGCACCGAUGAUGGGGAGGAGGAUGAAGAGGGAGUUGAUUGUGAGGGAUAUCUGGCGAUGAAACCGUCUUGGAGGAACUUUGAUUAUGCAGAGCUUGCUGUUGCUACUGGCAAUUUCAAGCCUGAGAACUUAAUUGGGAAAGGUGGGCAAGCAGAAGUGUACAAGGGAAUCUUAAACAAUGGUGAAGUUGUAGCUGUAAAGAGGCUAAUGAAGAAAGAAAAAGAAACUGAAAACUUGGACAGAGUUGGUGAUUUCUUAGCAGAGCUUGGGGUUAUUGCUCACAUUAGCCACCCGAAUGCUGCCAAAUUGCUCGGAUUUGGCAUCGAUGGUGGUUUGCACCUAGUUCUCCAGUUUUCACCACAUGGCAGCUUAGCUUCUCUACUAUUUGGUUCAGAAAAAGUUAUGGAAUGGAAAAUAAGGUUUAAGGUAGCACUUGGGGUAGCAGAAGGGUUACAAUAUCUCCAUCAUGAUUGCCACAGGCGCGUCAUUCAUCGCGACAUCAAGGCCUCCAAUAUAUUACUGUCUGAAGAUUAUGAGGCUCAGAUAUCUGAUUUCGGACUAGCAAAGUGGCUCCCUGAAAAAUGGACUCAUCAUGUUGUAUUCCCUAUUGAAGGCACAUUCGGAUAUUUGUCUCCAGAGUACUUUAUGCAUGGAAUCGUCGACGAGAAGACUGAUGUAUUUGCAUAUGGAGUUUUAUUACUGGAGAUCAUAACAGGUCGUCGUGCAGUUGAUAACACUCAACAAAGCCUUGUGAUAUGGGCAAAACCACUUCUGGAUUCGGGCAAUGUCAAGGAACUAGCAGAUCCUCGAUUAGAAGAUAACUAUGAUCCGGUAGAGAUGAAAAGAGCCAUGUCGGCAGCUUCAAUGUGCAUUCGUCACCAAUCCACCAAGCGUCCAUACAUGACUCGGGUAGUGAAAGUACUCGAGGGGGAGGAUGGACUUGGAGAACAAUUGAAACAAAAGUCUACACAAGUGAGAUCACUCGUCUUGGAUGCUUGUGACUUGGAAGAUUAUACUUGUUCUAACUAUCUCAGCGACCUAACUCGCCAUCGGCAACUAGUAAUGGAUCAGUAGCGUAUCCUUUUGAAACAUCGGCAUCGUUAUUUUCCUGCAGCCUCUUGUUGUUGUUGCUAGUCUGUGUGAAAGUUUUGGAUUGGUAUUAGCCUCUCUGCCCCCCUAUGGGUUGAGUUAAAGUUCACCGGCUUGCAUCUAAGAAGGCUCCCAUACUUUGCAGCAGUUGUUUGCUAUAUAAACCUAGGGAACUCUAGAAAUGCCACUUUUUCCAUGUGACGAUACGGUUUGGUAAUGUUGUAAUAUGGUUUGUCAUGUUGUCGACUAUGAGCCAGAAAAUGUACAUUUCAAUAUGGCUCAGGAAAACGAACUAUCUUAAUUGAUAAUCGGACAACAAGACAUUAUCGUAGUAAAGUAAAAUUACUGUUAGUAGAUAUGAAGUACCGCAUGACAGUUGUAUUUUACUUCUCACUGUCUCAAAAGAUUUGUGAAUUAUGUUCAA